AUGGCCGCUCCCGAAAUCCACCACCUCUUCCACGCCCCCAUCGCCGACCACUCCUUCUCCGCCGACCGCCGCACUCUAGCCGUAGUCCGCGACAACAAUGUCGAACUCUACGCUCAGUCCGGCAACAAGUUCACCCUGAAAGAUGAGCUAAAGGGCCAUGAUAAGACCGUCACCGGUGUGGACAUUGCGCCGAACAGUGGCAUGAUCGUUACUUGUUCGCAGGACCGCAACGCCUACGUCUGGGAACUAGUCAACGGCUCCUUUAAGCCUACCCUCGUCCUCCUCCGCAUCAACCGCGCCGCCACCUUCGUCCGCUGGUCCCCCAACGAGAAGAAGUUCGCUGUCGGCAGCGGCGCCCGUCUCAUCGCUGUUUGCUAUUUCGAGGAGGAGAACGACUGGUGGGUUUCCAAGCAUCUGAAGAAGCCGAUUCGCAGCACCAUUACUUCGCUUGCGUGGCAUCCCAACUCUGUGUUGUUGGCGGCAGGAUCGACCGACAGUCACGCGCGUGUGUUUUCGGGGUUUGUCAAGGGGGUAGACGAGCGGCCUGAGGCGAGUGUGUGGGGUGAGAGGUUGCCUUUCAAUACUGUGUGUGGGGAGUACCUCAAUGAUGCUGCCGGAUGGGUGCACAGCGUAUGCUUUUCGCCGAGCGGUAAUGCAAUCGCCUUCUCCAGUCAUGACAGCAGUAUUACGGUCGUGUAUCCGAGUCCGGCUGGUCCGGAAGCUCCGCCGCAGGCUAUGAUCAAUAUCAGUACGCAGCUCUUGCCGUUCGCUUCGCUGAUCUGGUCCUCGGAAACGGAGAUCAUCGCAGCAGGAUACGACUGCGAGGCAUUCAAGUUCCGUGGCGACGAAUCUGGAUGGCAGAUUAGUGGCACUGUCGAGCAGCAGCGAGGUCCGGGGAUCGCGAAGGAAGAGUCAGCGCUGCAGAUGUUCAAGCAGAUGGAUCUGAAGGGAAAGAGCAACAAGAACGAUACGCAGCUGAACACGACCCAUCAGAAUACCAUCAACACAAUCAGGGCGUAUGAUGUGGGUAGUGGUGGUCAGGUGAAGAGGUUCAGCACGAGUGGUGUUGAUGGACGGGUUGUGGUUUGGACUGUAUAG